CUCUGCUCUACAUCCCGAAUCGUUCCGUUCCGAUCCGAUCCGAUUCGAUUCCAUUCGACUAGUUUUCGUUGCGUUUCGAGCCGUACUUAGUAGAACUUAAGCAAAUCGGAGAUCGAAAUAAGAUCAAUUAAUUGUGAUUUUCAGAGCCGAACAAGGAUAACCCAUUGGAAUUACAGUCGAACUAUCAAGGAUCCCAAGCUUGUGAAUUCUUUUUGAAAAGUGCAAAUGCUGUGUUGUUACUGAACAAAUAAUCCAUAUAGUUCGUGAAUCCUUGCAAACGGAUACUUACCUUCGACUGUGCAGAGUUUGGAAAGUGAAAAUAUGAAGUUCCAUUUGGUUGCCCUUUUGGGCAUGCUUAGCGUGGUUAUGGCAGAUCCUUCGCCCACCCUGGCACCACCGAUAUUGCCCUGUGUCCAUGCGGCCACCGCUGGGUAUUCGUAUCCUCCGCCGGCGGAGGUGAAGUUCUCCAUCUCGCCCGGAGUGACCAAGUUCAGUCAGAGCCCUGCGAUUUCCACGUACUCGGAGAACGGACAUCUCCUGCACACUUCGGUAGGAAGUUCCGGAGCCUCCUAUCAGUCCACGGCUGGAAUCGAGGGCUUGUCACAUGGUGGCAUUACCCAAAUCGACAAGUACAUAGCUCCGGUGCAGAAGACCCUAUUUGCUCCUUCGGCUGAGUACGGCUCUGCGGGAAUUACCUAUGCGGACAAGUCACCAGCCGCCAAGUACGCCACCGUGGUGCCAUCUGGAAUUGAGAUCAAGAAAUUGGUUUCCCCAGCUAUUACCAAGUUGGACAAUUCCUAUCUGCCACCAUCACCGGGAGUUACAAAAGUGGCCACGUACACAUCGCCUGGAUAUAGUUACAGUUCGGCCACUCCGGGAAUAUCAAAGGUGGCUACAUACUCCUCCCCACCUCUUUCCAGCAUUCCGUACUAUGCGCCACCUGUGACUUCCAAGGUGGAGACCUAUAGCUCACCUGGAUACACCUACUCAAAGGCCACUCCUGGCUACUCCAAGGUGGAAACCUACAGCUCUCCUGCUUACAGCUAUGGACAGGUUUCACCAGGAAUCUCUAAGGUUGCCACAUAUUCGCCUUCGGUUUCCUACUCUGCGCCAGCGAUUGCCAAGGUGUCUACCUACACCGCACCAGCUGUUAAAUUGGCCACCACAUCGUCCCUCCUGUCCUCCCAUGGAACAGGGUACUCCGCUAGCUAUGCUCCAUCUAUAACAAAGUACAGCCAGGCGGCCGACGUGUCUCAUCAGUACUUUUCCAAGCCCAUAGUCGCCGCUGCUCCGGCGAUCACCAAGGUGGCCGCCAGCUAUGGAGGCACUGCCUCUGGGGCUCUUUCCCACCAGUAUGUCUCCUCGCCCGCCCUUGUAGCAGCCCCAGCCAUUGCGAAGGUAGCCACUUAUGCAGCUCCAACGGUGGCCACCUAUUCAUCUGCUCCAGCCAUCACUAAGCUCUCCACUAGUUAUGGAGCUUCAGGAUCGGGAGCCGUAUCCCAUCAGUACGUCUCCAAGCCAGCAGUUGCUAUUGCUGCCCCUGCGAUCGCCAAAGUGGCCACCUAUGCUGCUCCUGCCAUUUCCAGCUACUCCACCGGUCCUGCCAUCUCCAAAGUAGCCACCUAUGCAGCUCCCACUGUAUCCACCUACUCCUCCGGUUCUGGUUAUGGGGCCAGUGGAUCCGGAGCCGUCUCACAUCAGUAUGUAUCUAAGCCAGCAGUUGCCAUUUCAGCUGCUCCUGCCGUAGCCAAAGUGGCAACGUAUGCUGCCCCAGCCAUAUCCACCUACACUGCAGCUCCAGUGGUGACCAAAGUGGCCACUGGAUAUGGAGGCAGCGGAGCGGGAUACAGCUCGGGAGCUGUUUCCCACCAGUACGUCUCCAAACCAGCGGUGGCUAUAUCAGCAGCUCCUGCCAUUGCUAAGGUGGCAACCUAUACUGCUCCUGCCAUUGCCACUUAUUCAGCAGCUCCGGCUGUGACCAAGAUCGCGACGAGCUAUGGAGAAUCUGGUCAUGGAGCUGUGUCUCAUCAGUACGUUUCCAAGCCAGCAGUUGCCAUAUCGGCAGCUCCUGCAGUCGCUAAAGUAGCAACCUACGCUGCUCCGGCAUUAUCAACCUAUGCCACCGCUCCGGCAAUCUCCAAAGAGGCUACUUAUGCUGCUCCUGCGAUUUCAACCUACUCGGCAGCUCCUGCUCUGACCAAGGUUUCCUAUAGUCAGGCAGCGGAUGUGUCCCACCAGUAUAUCUCCAAACCCAUUGUGGCGGCAUAUCCUGCAGCUGCUCCCGCGGUGGCCACUUACUCAUCAGCUCCUGCCAUAAGCAAACUCUCCACAAGCUACGGAGCUUCAGGAUCGGGAGCCGUUUCCCAUCAGUAUGUGUCCAAGCCAGCAGUUGCAAUUUCAGCAGCACCUGCAAUCGCUAAAGUGGCAACCUAUGCUGCUCCUGCUAUUUCCACUUAUUCAGCAGCUCCGGCUGUGACCAAGAUCGCGACAAGCUAUGGAGGAUCUGGUCAUGGAGCUGUGUCUCAUCAGUAUGUUUCCAAGCCAGCAGUUGCCAUAUCGGCAGCUCCUGCCAUCGCUAAAGUAGCAACCUACGCUGCUCCGGCAAUAUCAACCUAUGCCACCGCUCCGGCAAUCUCCAAAGUGGCUACUUAUGCUGCUCCUGCCAUUUCCACCUACUCGGCAGCUCCAGUGGUGACCAAAGUUGCUACUGGAUAUGGAGGAAGCGGUUCGGGAUACAGUUCAGGGGCAGUUUCUCAUCAGUAUGUCUCCAAACCUGCGGUUGCUAUUUCAGCAGCUCCAGCCAUUGCCAAAGUGGCCACAUAUGCUGCUCCUGCCAUUUCCACAUAUUCUUCCGCACCCAGUCUAACCAAAAUUGCCACUAGCUAUGGAGGAUCGGCCCAUGGAGGAGCCGUCUCCCAUCAGUACAUCUCGAAGCCGGCGAUCGCAGUAGCUCCAGUGGCUCCUGUUCUCUCUAAGACUUACUUGCCAGCUGCACCAGCCAUCGCGUUGCCUACUAAAGUGGCGACAGGAUACGGAGUUAGUGGCUCAGGAGCCGUGUCCCAUCAGUAUGUCUCCAAACCAGCGGUAUCUAUUGCGGCCCCAGCCAUUGCCAAAGUAGCCACCUAUGCUGCUCCCACAAUUUCCAGCUACUCCACUGGACCUGCAAUCUCGAAAGUAGCAUCCUAUGCUGCUCCUGCCAUUUCUACUUACUCUAGUGCGCCUGUGAUAUCCAGUGGCCAUGGAUAUGGCGGAAGUGGCUCUGGGUACAGUUCUGGAGCUGUCUCUCAUCAGUAUGUGUCGAAGCCAGCGGUUGCCAUCUCAGCUGCUCCAGCCAUUGCCAAAGUGGCCACUUACGUUGCUCCAGCUGUAAGCCAUAUUUCGGGCGGUCAUGCAAUCGCCUCUGCUCCGAUCUUAUCCACAAAAGUGGCUACUGGAUACGUAGGAAGCGGUUCGGGUUAUAGCUCGGGAGCUGUUUCCCAUCAGUAUGUGUCCAAGCCAGCAGCUGCUCCUGCAAUUGCCAAGGUGGCUACUUACGCCGCCGCUCCAGCAGUCAGCCAUAUCUCCACAGGUCCAUCGAUCCCAUUGGGAGUGGGAAUCGGGUACGGAGCUAGUGGCCAUGGACACGGUGGUGCAUUGCUUAGCUCUCCUCUGACCAAGUUAACAACGGGUCCAUCUUAUUCCCUGGGAGGAAAGCUUGCCACCAGCACCGCCUACGGAAUCCAUGCCGCUGGUUUGGGACAUGGAACGGGUCCAAGUGGUGGCUACUAUGGAGCUAUAUCUUUGGGUCAUGCAGCGGUGUCGCCAGCCCUAAACUACCAGGGUCUGCUGUCUCAUGGAUCUGGCUUGGCCCCGGCUUCAUCCUCGCUGGCCCAUCUAGACUCCUCACUCAGCGGAUACUCGCAUGGAGUGGGCGGAAUUGGUCCUCUGGGAGCUGGAUUCUAUCGCUAUGCUCCAAGUGUGCCAGCACUGAGCAGCCACGCCCCUGUGGCAGCCACCGCCUACUUGAAGUCUGCCCCGGUGGCUCAACAUGCAGUGCUAAAGGUGGUGCCCGAAAAGCAUCUGGAGCACUUUGAUGCCCACCCCCGCUAUGCCUUUGAGUAUGCCGUGAAUGAUCCCCAUACGGGUGACAACAAGCACCAAAAGGAGGAGCGCGAUGGAGACGUGGUCAAGGGCGAGUACUCUUUGGUGGAGCCUGAUGGCAAUGUGCGCACUGUGAAGUACUACGCCGACUGGGAGACGGGCUUCCAUGCCGAGGUCAUCAACAGUCGCGAUCAGGGCAAAAUUGUGGCCAAGCGUCAGACGGAAGCCAAGUCGUGAGCUCUUGACAGGUCGCAAUUUGUUUUGUUCGUUCAGCAACUGUAAAUAGCCUCAAAUCCAAACUUCUUCUCAUUAAACAUUAAACGUAUUUAUGUAAACCCCACAACGACAACGAUGCACCACAAUACACGGCCGCCAUCUUGCCACGAUAUAUCCAAUAACCGACUAUAUAUCCGUCCUCCACGCCACGCCCACUCUGUAUCCCCGAUUCUGUGCUCAUGUGAUAAGCGUUUCGUUAUAUUGAACUGCUUGCGCUGCUCUCAACUCAAACUGCGCGCCCCUUAUUAUGCUCAACUAUUUGUACAUAAAGGAUUCCAUAUUGAUAUUUUGUAAAAUGUUAAUUUCAAAUAAACGACAUUUAAGAUCGCCACAGUCGGGGGUGCUCGACAAUGAGAA